GCCACAUCACACGUGACAAGAGUCGAACACUUGGCGUCAUGUGCAUUGCCUCACACGCACAUCCUUCUUGCGUGCUGAUUGGUCACUUGCGAAGGCAGGGCAGUAUAAAUACUCAGCCAGCCCACCACUCAGCCCUCAACUGCCAAACUGCUAGAGAUAAGGUAACUGAAGAUGCCAGUGGUCCGUGCCUUGACUAAGGUGGCUAAGAAAGCCCUUCUGGCCCCUGGUUGUGGCUGUCAGGUUUCAGCAGUGGCUGUGCGCCAUGUCAGCUUCUCCCCCCGACAAGUGAGCAAUGCAUCAGAUGCCAGCUUUCACUCUGUGUCCUUUUCUGAAACAGAUCAUCCAAAGGUCCUUAUCACAGGUGGCCUUGGGCAACUAGGUGUUGGGCUUGCCAAAUUGUUGAGGAAGAGGUAUGGAAAGAACAAUGUGAUCCUUUCAGAUAUCAGGAAACCUCCCACCCAUGUCUUUCACAGUGGCCCCUUUAUCUACUCUGACAUUUUGGACUAUAAGAACUUGCGAGAGAUUGUUGUCAACAACCGGAUCACCUGGUUGGUGCAUUACAGUGCUCUUCUCAGCGCUGUUGGGGAAGCUAACGUGGCCCUGGCCCGGGCUGUCAACAUAACUGGUCUUCACAACAUCCUGGACAUUGCUGCAGAGCAUGGGCUUCGACUGUUUGUUCCCAGCACGAUUGGUGCCUUCGGCCCAACUUCUCCCCGUAACCCGACUCCUGAUCUUUGUGUGCAACGACCUCGUACCAUUUAUGGUGUCUCCAAGGUCCAUGCUGAGCUAAUGGGCGAGUACUACCAUCACCGGUAUGGUCUUGACUUCCGCUGUCUCCGGUACCCUGGUAUCAUCUCUGCAGAUUCCCAGCCUGGUGGUGGUACGACAGAUUAUGCUGUGCAGAUAUUCCAUGAUGCUGUCAAAACUGGCAAGUUUGAGUGCAAUUUGAAGCCGGACACGCGACUUCCUAUGAUGUACAUUGACGACUGUUUGCGGGCUACGCUCGAGAUCAUGGAAGCCCCAGCUGAGACGCUGUCCAUGCGCACUUACAACAUCAACGCCAUGAGCUUCACUCCUGAUGAACUGGUGCAGGAGGUCCAGAAACAGCUGCCUGACCUGCAAGUCACAUACAAAAUUGACCCUGUACGGCAGGCAAUAGCUGACAGUUGGCCCAUGAACUUUGAUGACUCUAAUGCGCGCAAUGACUGGAGCUGGAAGCAUGACUACGACCUGCCGGAGUUGGUUCAGACGAUGCUCAACUUCAUUGGUUCAGAGUCCCAAUUUGCCCAAGCCAACUGAAUCAAGUCUAAGAAAUAGGAGCUUGUAUAUACAUAUUCUAAAGACUGACAGCCAUGGAGAACAGAGAUCCCUGGUCUGUAAAUAAUUACUUGCUCUCUGUCUCUUCUGUGCCUGGAUUAUAUGGAGGAAAACAUAUACAGAGAUGUACAUAAGAGAUAUAUCGCUCAUAUUAAUGGCGACUGUCAAUUCUUGAGUGCCCAGAACAUGUACUUCCCCCCAAAUAUCUUUUUAUUUACAUUUUAUUAUUUUGAAGUGAUGUAAUAGUAAAAAUGAAAAAAAUUAGACAUUGGUUAGCUUUGGGCUCUACUAUCACGGAAGCUAAGAAGCUUGAUUUCCUUUAAUUAGUAAAGGAAAUAUUAAAGCCAAUGGCGGAUGUUCAGUGGUGGGGCUAAGGGCUGGCUUAGAGUGUAAAUUGCUACCCAAGGUUACCCCAGUUAUAGAGCAAAAAGUUGUUGCACUGCUUAAACGAUUUACCUCGAUUUAAUGACAAAAACCUGCUAUUAGGAAAGUUACCAAUCAUUAACAACAGUUUGGUGGGUCUGAAGACAACAGUGUGUUAGGCUACUUUUAACUGAGAAAUGUCUACUAUGAGUUAAAUAAGAAAGCAGGAAACUUUAACUUAUGACCAACCGAACAAAUAAUGUCCUGCAAGCUAAUCGUUAACCAUGCAGUAAAGAAUACAAAUGGAUAAAUCAACACAAGACAUUGUCAGAUGUCGCAAAUUUUUAUAGCGAACAACACCAAAAUCGCUAGCUAGGCAAAAUCUAGCUAAGUGUAUUUUAUUAGAUAACAUUAUUAGCAAAUAGAGGGUGCUUUAAACUUUUUAAUGGAAACAUUAUCAUAUUAAUAACACUGCCCUUUCUGAUAAGUAAUGGAUUUAUGGACUACAUCAGUAAUAUCAACUUGUUGUAAUAUCAACAUGUUAAUCUGCUUCGUGAAAUGAAAAGCAAACAAGUGUUAGCAAUGAUGAAUACUAGAAAAUGUUAGCUUAACUAUCUGAUAACAGAUUACCACCAAAAGAAGUUACUUACUUAAAAAAAUACAAAUAAGUUAAUUACUGUAUAUUGUUUAAUUAAUUUUCAAUAGGUUUCCCAUCACAAUAAAAUCGCUAUGUCUAGCCUGUUCAGUGUACAUGUAAAAGUUAUGGCUACAUGCCUAAGAAUAUAAAUGUACUGCAUUUGCAUUUGGCAGAUGCCCUUAUCCAGAGCGACAUACAGAAAUGAAAGGACAUUACACUUAUCUCUUUUUAUACAACUGAGCAGUUGAGGGUUAAGGGCCUUGCUCAAGGGCCCUGCAGAGGCAGAUUGGCAGUGCUGGGGUUUGAACGCACACUCUUACCAUCAAUAGUCCCAAGACUUAACCACUGAGCUACCGUUAGAAUGCUCUGUGUGUGUGUGUGUGUGUGUGUGUGUGUGUGUGUGUGAUUGUAUGCAUGUAUGCAUGCUCAUGCAUGCGUGUAUACGUGUGUGUAUGUAUGUAAAAUGGAAGCAGGGGCCAGCAUAAGUAAUAGUAGAAUUUUCUUUUUUUUCCUUUCCUCCACCUCUUGUGCACUAUUUAUCUAUUUAUUUAGCUUUUCUUUCCUUACAAGCAAAUGAGCUUCUUUUUUUUUUGAUCUCUUGCUCCAAUAGCUACUUAAUGUGUUUGUAUUUUUUUUUUAAAUGAUAUGGACACUGUUUUCCAUAUAAACACUUAUCUUUUAUGUUUUCUAUAUGAGCUUGCCAUGUCAAUCAUACCUUUUUGUAUUUAAAAUGUUAGGGCAGCCUCUUUACUUAGCAACACAUUUUGUGAUCAUAAAAUGUCUGUGAUCAAAUCAUUUUUCCUCAGUUAUGCUGGAAUGAGUUGGUUAUGUCUUGACUCGUCAUAUUUGCAAAUUUCAGCAACUGCUUUGAAUUUCUUGAUGAGUGACAGUCUCCUGAGUUGCUGCUAGAUUAUUUUUCAAGAGAUAUUUCAAGAACAAUAAAGCUUCAGUUCGAAAUCUCAAUACUACUGAUGAGAAACGGGUGCUAGAGCUUUGGUGUUAACGUUCACAAACCAUACACUGAUUGCAACAACAGCAAUAAUAAAGACAUUUUAUGACUCAA